CUGCCUUUCAUGUGGUUGGCCGAGAGCCUGUUUCGACAUGCUGCAUGUCCGUCGUGGUCAUUAACGUCGGUACCACCGGCUGACCGGUUCCGUACGGCUUCUUGUCCAUCUGGCCGGACUGGAGCACGAAAGAAAUCGGUCUCUCACCUCAUGCCCUCCUCGGAGCUGGACGUGAUUGCGAGGCUAGUUCGACCUGUCUGA